UGAAGGUUGUCGCUGUUGAACAGACUCGGAGGGUGACUACUGGCUAACGCCGCUUGUGUCAGUCGUGGCUGUAGGGGAACUUGACCGCGCGGACCGCGGGUGUGGCUUCAAACGUGACAAAUCUCCACCGCGUGGAAAGAAUGCGUGACGUGAAAAGACAGUAGGACAAAGACUUCUCUAAAAUAACAAAAAGCGUCCAAUGGAACUUCCGGAGACGAUUUUCUUUUUAGGGCUGCUUCUUCCAAAAGAGGCACUCAUGCUGCUUUUGUGACCGAGCAAGUGGCUCGAUUUGACGGCAAAAGGGGUUCGGUGAACCGUCCCUCACCCAAAAAAAGGGAAGUCGCUUUACUCAACUUUUAGAUUUUUUUUCUUCAAACAAAGGCAUCGAGCCUCGUAUUCUUCCCCCAGGUAAUUUUUACCACUAAAGCAGCAGUCCUGAAGCGAGCACUCGGAACCAUGGGCUGCACCGUGAGCCAGGAGGAUAAAGCCGCGGCCGAGAGGUCCAAAAUGAUUGAUAAGAACCUGCGAGAAGAUGGAGAGAAGGCGGCCAGAGAAGUGAAGCUGCUGCUACUGGGUGCUGGGGAGUCUGGAAAGAGUACCAUUGUGAAGCAGAUGAAGAUUAUCCACGAGGAUGGCUACUCAGAAGAGGAAUGUAAGCAGUACAGGGCAGUUGUGUACAGCAACACCAUCCAGUCAAUCAUGGCCAUCGUCAAAGCCAUGGCCAACCUCAAGAUCGACUACGAGGAGGCUGCAAGGGCGGACGAUGCCCGCCAACUGUUUGCCCUGUCUGCAGCCGCGGAGGAGCAGGGCAUCUUGCCGGACGACUUGUCAAAUGUCAUCCAGCGACUGUGGGCCGACGGCGGUGUCCAGAGCUGCUUCACACGGGCCCGAGAGUAUCAGCUCAAUGACUCUGCUUCCUACUAUUUGAACGAUUUGGAGAGGAUAGCCAAGCCUGAUUACAUCCCCACACAGCAAGAUGUGCUGCGAACCCGAGUCAAGACCACAGGCAUUGUGGAAACACACUUCACCUUUAAAGACCUGCACUUCAAGAUGUUUGAUGUUGGAGGCCAGCGCUCAGAAAGGAAGAAGUGGAUCCACUGUUUUGAGGGCGUCACAGCCAUCAUCUUCUGUGUGGCCAUGAGUGCCUACGACCUGGUCUUGGCUGAAGAUGAGGAGAUGAAUCGGAUGCACGAGAGCAUGAAGCUGUUUGACUCCAUCUGCAACAACAAGUGGUUCACAGAGACGUCCAUCAUCCUCUUCCUCAACAAGAAGGACCUGUUUCAGGAGAAGAUCACCCAGAGCCCGCUGACCAUCUGCUUCCCCGAGUACACCGGCCCCAACAAGUACGAAGAGGCGCAGGCGUACAUCCAGACUAAAUUCGAGGACCUGAACAAGAAGAAGGACACCAAGGAGAUCUACCCCCACUUCACGUGUGCCACCGACACCAAGAACGUGCAGUUUGUGUUUGACGCCGUCACCGACGUCAUCAUCAAGAACAACCUGAAGGACUGCGGCCUCUUCUGAGUGCAGGGAAGCGCCCGUGGAACUAAACACACAUCCUGAACGACUGCACUGGCCAGCAACCAUCUCGUUUUCAACCUGCAAGAGACUGCCAAGCCCAGCAGCUUUGCAGCACGUCCACUUGUUAACUCUCUUUGGGCUAUGACCACAAAAUGAGCAUUUAUUCUUGUUUAUCUUCUAUUUUUCUUCAACAUUUUUUGUAUGUAAUUGCUUUCAUUUUACUUUUAGAGUCCCAUUAUUCAAUUUUUAAUCACAUCAAGCUUAUUUUUAAAGAGAUGAAGCACACGCAUGGACUCCAGAUAUGAUUCAUAUAGGAUUAUUUUUUUUAAAUAAUAAUGUUUACAUAGGUUCAUCAUCAUCAUUCAUAGCUUGUAUUCUGCAUGACUCAACAUGAUGCUGUUAACUCUUAUUAGUAUUCUGCACAAAUGAUCUAACAUUCCAACAGAAUAAAAAGUAUUAAUAAAAAGCAGAUGAGACCGCAAGGUUCUUUCUGAUAUUUAACCUUGUGUAGAUUAAUAAUUUUCUGUCACUUUUUAUACCAUAGUAGCCGCAUCAUCGUGUGUCUGUGUGUGUGUGUCUGUGUGUGUGUGUGUGUGUGUGUGCGCGCCAUGAUUUCUGUUUAUAACUCCUUUUUUCCUCCCCCAUUCUGCCUUGCAUCUAUGAAUAUAUAUAUAUAUAGUGAAUAUUAAUGACACACAAAUCUAAUUCCGGAAAAAGUUUUUUUUUUUUUUUUCUUUUGGUAAAUAUUAAAAGUGCUUUAGAGUCAAUAUGAUUUAAUGUAAAUAAAAGUAGAGUUCACUUGA